UGUUAUCGAUUUCAUGUGGGUUUCGUCGAUAAUUUUCGAUUUCCUAUGGUAUUCAUAGAGAGAAUGAUAAUAACACAAGUACACUAUUAAAAUAAGAAACCAUGAUACGAAAAGGCAACGUUAAGCCACAGUAUCCUCUACUUGAACUCAAACGUCACCUUUGUGAUGAUGCUAUACCUCUGCCCAAACGUCUCAGACUAGCUAAAAAUGUCGUCCAAUCACAACACUUUCCCACCGUGCCUAAAGAACGAGUGGUUGGGGAAUGGGUGAACAAAUUACUACAAGAGGGCAAGAUUACGAGCAGAGAGAUGAGAGAAAUACUAAGUUGGUUGAAUGGAGAGAAUGAUUUCACAAAUGAUUUGAAACACAAGAUCAUUAAGGUUGUAUCCCAGUUCCUCCACGGUGCCAGGCUACAAGAUGAAGAUAUAACAAGCAUCAUACUGUUUUUAACUAACAAGAAAUACACCGUCCAGUUUAACGAUUUACCAGAUAAUUUUCUGUUCAUAACAAAAACAGUAUUGAAAACUUUACACAGCGUACGCAGCCAAAAUGUACAAAAAAUAAAUGCUGUAUUGAACAAUGUUUCAAGCUUUUACAACGAGACCAGGAAGAAGCUGGAGUUCUUAGCAAAUAUAAUUUACGGCGAAUGCUUAGAACAGAUAUUUGGUUAUCUCAAUACAGAAUGCCAUGAUGCGGUGAUGAAUUUGUGCGAGAACAUUUUCUUUCCUUUUAACAAUAAGCAAUCGUUCCUGCAUUUUUUUAAUCAAAUGAUUAAAAAUGAUAACGUCGAUGAUAUUGCGAGUGAUAAAAGCGAAAGCAUGCAAUCUGUGGUCAAAAUUAUGCGUGCUUUCUUUACAUUCCCCGAUGGGAGAGUGGACGCUGAUCACAGUUUUCUAAUCGAUUUCAUAACCACUUUUGUCUCGUGUUUUCGUAGCGAUAAUCAAAUUGUAUUCGUUUUUUAUGUCAUAGCGACCACAACAUUAAACAUGCCGCAGAACUACCUAAUUCCAGCAAUGAAAAUGCCACCGGUCAUGUUCGAGGAGAACAAUGAUAAAAUAAAACGUAACAUAUUCUUGAAAAUGCUUGAAUCGCUGCUAAAUUAUGAAGUCGAUAUCACUAUACGUCUGACGGACACGUGUGGUGAAAGGCAGUCUAAAGUUGAGGUCAAAAAGACAUUUAUAACAUUCCUGCAAACUGUAAUGCUUGGCCAGUUGAAAAUGGAGGGGAAAUUAGACAAAGCAACGCUUAGGAUCAUAAAAACUGCCCUAAAACUCGACCCCAGUUUGGUUGAACAAAAGAUGGACCAAAUCCUACCGCACAUAAUGACAGCGAGGAAAAAUAAUUCAGACUUCCUGGAGUGCUAUACCGAUAUGGUGAAUUGUCUGCUCGAAACGUUGUUCAAACUAAGCAGAGGUACAGUCUUCGUCAACCAAAUGAUACCACACCUGAAGGCGAGUCUCGAAGCUAACAACAUCGAGCAGUUUGAAUUGAAGCAAAAGUUAAACGAGACGACAAAUACUAAUCUUAAAAAGAAGAUUACAUCUAAAAUAAUCAGUGGGAAGGACAUUUUCCCUCUGGACUGUAUUGUGACAUAUGGGAGGUUAACAUCCGAUUUAUUAUUCAGGCAAAAUAAAGAUCUGCUGUUAUCUCUGCAGAAGGAUUUUGAGGAGAAUUGUCUUAUGAUGCUUGAAGAAGGGUUUGUCAGUCCAUCAAUUAUAACCUUAGCGGAAAUUCUGGUGUCCAUCUUGUCGUCUUUUCUGCACAACUGCAAAAUGGCCGACCACACGGUACCGCAGAAUGUGGCGGAGGAAUUUUGGGCGGCCUUACAAAACUUCGAAGAUCAGUGUUUGAACAAAUUUGGCAAAUGCAUUCUGAAGUUGAACUAUAACCCGCAGUUAGUUUUGGCCUUCUUGAAGUUGUCAUUAAGUUUAUGCCACUUGAAGCUACUCAACAUUAAGUACAGCAACACGAAAUUGAAAAUAACCGAAAACGAUUUGCUACCGUUCUUGAGCAAAGAGAAAUGGUUAUCUCUGACUGAAAAAAUACAAGAAGAAGAGUCGAAGUUAAUAUGGAUACAACUCCUUCUAACAAAAACAAUGGCAAUUGAGUUGCUCUCGAAAGAUACAGCUGAUGAAAAAGCAUUGAAGUUAAUAUCCGAAACAAAGUCUGUCAUAAUAGAACAAAUUCUAAGCUUCCCCCAGUUUCUUUUAUACGACAAUUAUUUAACAAGCUGCCUGUUCAGGAAUCUGGACAAACAUCAAUUAAAACAGCUAUCGAAAUCAUUCCUAAGAUCCUAUGCGUUCAAUUUGAAUAUAAAAAUAUUCAAAACUGACGCAGUUGUUAAUAACAGGGAAUUACUGCAAGCUUUAUUGUUCAGAGUGAUCAAAAUUAUAUGCGAUUGUAUUGAAAAUACUGGUCUUCUGAGCAAAGCGCUAAGCAAGAACAGUUUUAACGUAACAUCUUUUGUUCAAGAAAUAGAUGUUAAGGAUUUUAUUAACUCAACGAGCAUGCGAAAUGAGGAUGAAAUCGCCGAUAUGCUUGAUGUUAUGAAAGAGUUACAGAUAAACUAUUUAGAGGAAAACUACCAACUGACGGCCAUUUUUAUUCUGCUGGUAGUAAAGAAGUGUUGCCAGACGAAAAAAUUAAGAAAAACCACAGAUUAUUUACUACAAAUUAUUUUCGAAUCGAGUACGAAAAGUCCAGAUUUGUACAAGUUAUUUUCCAUAGAUUACAUGUUCGAUUUCAAUGAUAACUCUUUAUUGGAGUUAUUCAAGUUGACGAUAAGAACGCCAAAUAACAAUCUCAUUAUCAAAAGUGUUUUGGAAACAGCUGUGAAAAAGGUGAAAACUGAUCCUGAAGUCGUGAAGAAAAUCGUUGAAAUCCUAUUGACAAGUCAUAAGACUAAAGGAAAUAGUAUCCAAUACUUUAAGGAACCAGUAUUCCAAAUCAGUUCUACCAUAUUACCAAUGAUAGCUAAAGAAAAGAGGGCUAUAAAAACUAGCGCUUAUAGAUCGAUUCUAGCAAAUCUACAGGAUAAAUUAAACAAAUCAAUGCUCGAAUUGCUUAAAGCCAUCGAUUUUGGUAGUAAUUUGGCUGAUGAAACUGACAACACUGAUGACAUAUUGGUAGAUUCUGAAAAAGAAAUGGCAAUACUGAAUGCAAUGGGAGCUUAUUCUCUGUCACUGUUGACGUACUGCGAAACUAAUGAUGCCGAUGAACAGAAGAGUAUGGAAUGCCUGCUGACGGGACUGGAAUUCUUCGUGCAUAGUGCUAUCCAAACCAUACAGUGCCCGUCUUCGAAAAAUCAACAGAUAGAAAACUCAGUGCAUCUGCUCAACGUCACAUUACGCUACAUAAAAAAACUCGAAACUCAUAAAGUUUUCCGAACUAAAAAUAAAAUAUAUCGCAGAAUAUGGCAAAGUAUCACAAGCAGAUUAAGUUUGGUGUACAGCGCGGGGGGGCAAGACACAAUAAGUGUUACAUGUAUGGAUGAAAUUGCGAUCGCGUUGAAGUUUUUGGCCGAACUGUCCAACCCUGAGUGUUUCAGCAAGCAUUUUGUUGGAGAUCUCGCGAAGUUAGCAUUAUUGAAGAAACCCUCAAUUAUACUAAAAAAUGCGGACGUAACAAAUGAACAAUUGACAAUAAGAAAAGUCGCAAAAUGUCUAUGGCAAAAUUGUCUUAAAGCCAACAUUGUGGAACCAAAGUGUGUUGCCAUGACAAAAUUAAUUGCAAGAACUACCAAAAAUGUUAAAUUUUGGAUACAGCAACACUACAAUUGUGUACAAAAUGGCGGUAAAGGUGAUACUUCACAAGACAUCGAAGAUGAAAUGGAAAUCGAUGAAAAUAAAAUUAUUGAAGCGAAUGAACAAUUACAUACGCUAAAAGUAGAUGAUUCAAUAUGCGAGUUGCUGAGGUACGACUUGGAUAUACUGUCUGAAGUCAUUUUGGCCGCUAAAAAGAUUUCCCUAGACUACAUACUCCUAGACUCGAUAUUUGAGUUGCAUCAUCUAAUGCACUUCAUUUUGGGCCGUGCCACUAUAGACGUAAAGUGUGAAAUCUCUUGGCAGGGAUUUGUCACCAUAUUUUAUGGAAGUGUUGCCAUACUAAACAAUUUGCUACUAUCCAGGGAGGAAUUAUUGGAAGAUAGGUGGCCAUGUUUCAUGCAGUGCUACAAAGCUCUGGUGUUAUGCCUCUGCGAGAGAUCCACCUUUCAAAGUGAGAUGGACAACGCCGUGGAAUACAAGCUAGCUGAUAUGGCGCAUUCUAUUGAAAAACUAACCCAAGCGAUAUGCAAACGUAGAACCCAUGUAUCCCGUAUUUCAGCGUACGCAGUCUCAGAUUUCUGCACCUGGCUAGAGCAGAACCCACCACCCAAAAUUGUCAGACAGCACAUAGAAAACUCCAUAUCUCUGCUUAUACAAGUAUCGGAUUCGACGUACGCUUUGGCUUUCCUGAGGCGAUCUCUAGCGGGUUCCGUUGGCCAAACCACUAUGACAAAUAUGUAUACGACAUACAAAAGAUAUCAUAAAUAUGUUGGCAAUGCUUAAGGCAAGAGAUUUUUCUGAAUAUAAAAUAAUCUUAUGCCUAAUUUAAACAGGGUUAUUUAACAGGUCUCGUGGGCCAAGCUUUUAUGACGAAUAUGUAUAUGACAUACAAAACAUAAAAAAUGUUUUAAAAAAGAGAUUUCUAUGUAAAAUAAACUUGUGAAUAAUUUAAACGGCGAUAUUUAUCGUGUUACGUUUACUAAAAUCUAUGACAAAUAUAUUUACAACAUACAAAAUAUACCAUAAGUUUGUUGGCAAUGCUGCAAGUGAUUUUUUCUGUAACAUAAACUAACUGGGAUAUUUUGCAAGUUGCAUUAGCUAAAGUUCUAUGACAAAUAUCUAUAUGACGCAUAAAAGAUACUAUAAGUAUGUCGGCAUUACUUAAGGACAAGGCUCCCACGUACAAUUUACUUUAUUUUAUUCAUGCCUAAUUCGCGGGGAGAUCUUCUACAGGUUUCCUUGGCCAAACUACUAAAAAAAUAUGUUUAUGACGUUUAAAAUUAUACCAUAUUUCAUAUACUAAUAAUGCUGUCUUUGUAUACAAUUACCGGAUUCGACGUACGCUUUGACUUUCUAGAGGAGACCCUAGCCGGUUUCGUUUUUUAAACUAAUACGACAAAUAUGUUUAUGACGUACAUAAGAUACCGUAAAUAUAUUAGUAAAGACAAGAACUGCGUGACAAUGCAAGAAAAAAAAACGAGGUAAAUAAAAAUAAUUCAUAACUAUUAUUCAAAGUCUAUUAUAUAAAUUAAGUAAUGUAUGUAAAUGCGUAAUUAAUAUUUUUGAUGUAUCUACAGUUAUAAAAGAAAGUCUUAAUUUACUAAUGUUUCGUCAUGAUCUACAAUUUAAUUUUAAAGUUAAAUUGGCAUAAUGAAUCGGAAUUUACUUCCGAUUCAUUAUGCCGAUUUAACUUUAAAAUAACAUUAUGCUAUUACGGUUUUAUAUACAUCUCUCGGCAGCAGCACCAUCAACUGGGCUAAUGGGCUUAUAGGUGAUUUUUGAUAAAAAAAAAAUAAGACCGCCUUUGCACACAACUGUGUCUGUAUCUACCGUCUUUUAUGUAUCUUGAAUUGUUUGUAGCUUCUCAACCAAGAAAUUCUUAGUACCGGAGUUUGGAAAUACGUGACGCCUCACCCUUUUGCCUUCAGCAUCUGAUUUGUUUCUGGUCUUGUCGGAGCUGCCGUCAUCAGGCUACAAGAAUGAGGGAAUAGAUUGUGCAUAUCGUAGCUGGAAAAUCUCUGAACCAUGCGGCUGAAGUCGGUCAGGGAAACUAUUGCUUUUUAUAUACAACGUGAGACAUUAUUUACUGUCUCUGAGACUUAUCUGUGAAACCUAAACGCUAAUAGUUUUUGAGUAAACCAUUGCCAUAGUUUUUACUGAAAGAAAUCAGACA